GCCAAGCUGUUUUUGCUGUGGAGAUCUAAAAUAAGACUCCUGUGAUUUUUCCAGAUUGCUGACCCCGAGAACUGUGACCAAAUGUACGAGAGCUUAGUCAGGAUCCACACCAACUACUACAAAAACAAGUAUCCACGGCUGAAAGACACAAACUUCACUGGAGUGACAGUAGAAGAUUGCAAGAUGAUAUUAGCAACAGACAUCCUGAAACAGAUGGAAGACAUGAAAAAAGGGACAUGGAGAAAACUGCGGGAAAGGUUUUAUGCCAAGAAACCUGAAGAUGACUCGAAGUGAUAGGCUACCUCCCAGAUUCUCCACUGUAUAUAUUCCUAAAGCACUGUGUGUUGCCAUGAUGAAUAAAACCAUUUAUUCCUCUUAGC